AUGGCGGCUAAUCAGCAACAGCAACAGCAGCAGCAUCAAGAAAUGCAGCAUAGGGUCCAAGCUGCCGUGCAUAAAAGUGAUUCGCAAGGCAUCAUGUCGUCGGCUGGAGCAGGAGCAAUGCCACCGAAGUCACGGCAGUCACCAUUGCCAGUUGUGUAUGAUCAAACACCAAUGGCUUUGGACAGUAGAAUGUUGCCGAAUCAGCAGCUUAAGACGAUGCUUCGUCAGAGUAAGCUGUUUUCGACUGUGAGUGUUGCUCGCGAAGGGGUUCUUCGCAGCAGCAUUCUGCGCCGUCCUCUUACACCGGUAGCUUCGCACGCAGCUUGCCCUCCUUCGAGUCUAGUUUUGGGAUGCUGUUUGCCUCUCGCUGCAGCACCUCGGUCCAGUCGCCGAUGGUGUCCACUUCGCCGCCUGUGGUGGCUUCAGCAGCCAGCACAACAGUUCCGACGUCGCUUUGCGCACCCCCUGCCCUUCCCUAUUCUUCGACGUCUGUUUGCCAUCAUCAUCGUCAACAUCAACAUCAUCACCGUCAUAAAAGUCAAGCCCAUCCACCAGCACCGCCAUCCCGCCCACCACCACCUCCUUCUUCUCCGCCACCGCCGCCGCAGUGCCAACCCGCAACCACUGCCGCCUCCAUUAUGGACUCCUCACUUGUAG